UCAGCUAAAUCGAUCAAGUUCUCUGUAGGGUAAAGCAUCACAAAGGUCUGGUCGAGUCCAUCGAGGUCUGUUCAAACGUCCAAACGUCAAACAUUGCCGGUGGAGAGAGUGGAAGAGCUAAGAAGAGUUUGGCACAUUGAAUUGAAGUUAGUGGGGCAAUCACGGAAUAGCUUCCGCCUGUCACAAGCGAUCGUAUUUCCUUCCAAGUCUCUCAUCAUCGCGAAAUGAGGCCAUCACGAAAUAUUCCCUUCCACUGCAUAAAGGUUAUUACCUACGUGACGGUUCUACGACAUGAAAAUGUUCGAGGCAAUCAGAAAUCCCGAGGAUAACCUCUUUCUGCGCAUGCACCGCGCCCGCUCGGUAAUACUUACGUCGGAUGAACUCGUGGAAAUCCGCGCCGCCCAGCGCACCUUCGAGGGCGCAUACAUGCGCACGGCGCUCUCGCAGUUCAGCUUCGCCCUCAUCAUCCUCAAGAUCUUCACGUCGGAGUUCUACGCCAUCGGUGCGCUCUUCUCCCUCUAUGGCGCCGCCAUUAUGUUGGUAGCCGUCUUUCGGCGUUACCAGGGGAACCGACAAUUUUUCACAGCCACAGAUGAGGCGGGCGCUUUGCGGAAGAAGUUUCGCACCAGCGGGAACAGUGUCAUCCUUUUGACGCUUCUUAGUUUGGGGGCUUAUAUCACGUUGAUGGUACUUACAUGGCAGCUCGAGGGGUGAUAGGCUGAAAGUGAAAGGUUCAGUGCAGAUUGGAAUGCUCGUUCGAUGCAGACAGCAUCACAUGGCGACGAUUUAAUGUAGCUUCAGCUUCAGUGUACCGACUAUCGGCACCACUAUCAUAAUCCUAAAUGAGACUCAGAAGCACGCGGUAGAUCAUCCAGUCAUAGGACGACUUUGAAGCUUGUGAAGUCAGAUAAGGCUAUGUAUAGCCCGUCUUGGGUAUGGGCAGAGAGAAGUCGCUACUACAACCCAUGGUUAAAUCUGAAUUGGAACCAACAGGAUAUUAUGUGAAACCCCAAUGGACACUCAACUAAUU